GUAACGUAUGCGUCCCAGUUCAACUCAACCGUGACAAUACCCAUCAGAACCUAAAACAGAAUAGACUUCACUAGCGAGACUCCUUGGGGGCGACCCUGAUAUAGUGCAACGGUACAGCUCCGACGAACUCGUGUCAAACACCUACACGUGGGGGUGGACGCAAGACAAUAGGUUUAGACGAGUCCGAUUCUGAUGCGAACAUUUAGUUUCGCCUGGACCAUCCACAGCCUCUUGACAUAAAUCACGGGCCACCCAAGUUCGCACCCGCCCUCAACUUUCCAAAUUACUCAUCAUGCACAGUGAAACAUUAACAUUGCUAUCUACGACAUCCGCGCACCUACUGGCUGGACUCUUCGCCUUUACCUACGUUGGCUCUAUCUACGCAUCUAAGGGUGCCCGUCUUCGCUUCUCCAAGAGGAAGGUCAACCUUCCAGAAGGACAGGCCAGACUCAAAUUGCAAAAUGAGCGAUGGCGAGAUGAUCCGGACGUUAUCAAGGCGCGAUUACUUGCCGUUAGCAGCGCCACUUUGAUUUGUUGUCUCAUCGUAUUCAUCGUGAUGAAAAAUUUCAACCGCGAUGAUGAAUUUCAUAACCUUACCGCAAAUGCAUGGCUCCACCUUGGAUUCACAUGGUCGAAUGCACUUCCCCUCGUAAUAACUCCAUUGUUGUUUGUUGGGCCACUCUAUGUCCAGUUUCUCGAAAAGUCACUACCCUUCCAAGAGGACUGGGAUUUCGAAGAUGAUGUCCUUUUUCGGUUUUUCUCCAUCGUCGGUCUUCGAAACUAUUUUGUUGCUCCGAUCACUGAAGAAAUUGUCUUUCGCGCGUGUGUUCUCACUGUCUAUCACUUGGCAGGCGCUUCAAGAAAGAAAAUGAUUUUUCUCAGUCCUUUGGUGUUUGGCGCAGCCCACGUACAUCACGCUUUCGAAACAUACCACAGAUACGGCCGUACGGCCACUGCGGCAAAGCGCGCAAUUAUAUCUACUAUUAUCCAAUUUGCGUAUACCAGCGUAUUCGGAUUUUACUGCUGCUAUUUAUUCCUUCGCUCCGGGUCAUUGCUCCCACCCAUUACCGCUCAUAUGUUCUGCAACAUAAUGGGUAUACCCCGGCCAAGCUAUGAAAUAAGCUUAAUGCCUCAUCGAAAGCUAUCCAUUUCAACUGCGUAUCUUCUCGGCAUUAUUGGCUUUGCGUUCAUGCUCAAGCCUUGGUCAUAUACGGAUGGCAGUUUAUACUGGCAGCGAAACUAAUCUCUUCGAGCCUUCAACCUGUGCGCGCUUUGUUCGACGGUGAUUGCGGACCUCUGUACAGCACAAGCCUAAUAUGCCUACAACCUACUGGACAUACUUUCUGCAGCUCCUGACCGGGUUGCAUUGUAUCUAUAUCAAUGAUCAAC